ACUUUGCAAAUUUGAGGAAGUAGCAGGCUGUCGGGACGGUCGGGUAGUUAAGCUAAGUAGCUAAGUCAUCUGUUGGUACGUGUGUAUAUUUCACCAUAAUAUACACUCAUUUUGUACACAAUGGCAUAUCAACUGUACCGUAAUACAACACUUGGAAACAGCCUGCAGGAGAGCCUUGACGAACUUAUUCAGACUCAACAGAUUACUCCACAGUUAGCCUUGCAAGUAUUGCUGCAAUUUGACAAAGCUAUCAACACAGCACUGGCCAAUCGAGUUCGCAACAGAGUCAACUUUAAAGGAUCACUAAAUACAUACAGAUUUUGUGACAACGUGUGGACAUUUGUUUUAAAUGAUGUGGAGUUCCGUGAGGUUACUGACCUGGUAAAGGUGGAUAAAGUGAAGAUAGUAGCCUGUGAUGGGAAAAACACUGGCUCUAAUGUAGCAGAUUGAGACUUGUCAACUUCAGGAAAGAGAAUAGAAGAAACAGUCUUUUCCUUCAGUGUAAUCACACAAGGCAGUGAAUGUGCAUUUCUAUAUGAAAACCUCUUGUUUUUUGUUAUUACAAUUUGUGUGGGUAAUUUAAUAAAAUUGUUUUAAGGAA